AUUUUAGAUCGGAGAUCUAUUGGUACCGCUGCUGUCGUUUUUGAUGCUCCGGAUUUGGGAACCUAGAUGUACAUUUUGUCUUUAUGGGUGAUCUAUGGGGUUUGAUUGCGACCUACAGGCUGGGAAUUUUCGGUGCUUCCUCCUCAGUGGAAAGGUUGGGUGAGGACCAGAGAUUUCUUGCUCGGUACUCUGAGUUGUUUUCUUCUGCUUGUGCUGAGGAGCUGGUUCUACUUUUUUUUUUUAGUUUCUAUUGAUCAUCCUCAAGCUUAGGUCUACUCUGUUUCUAUCUACUGGCCUCUCCUUCUCUGGUCAAAGUAUUUAAUCUCCUUUUUUAACUCCUUGGUUGGCUCCUUGUGUGUUUAAUCGUUGACAUAAGCCUAUGGUUUCUCUAUUAAAAGUUGGGGUCCAUUUCAUAAUACUUAUCAAUGCUUGCAACUCCGUAGCUCGGGGAUGCAGUGAUAACGAGUUGCGUUAAGAGUCUUCAGCAAAAUGGUGAGAGACGUUCAGACACUUGGCAAGGGUUCGAAGGAAGAGGAGACCAUGAUAAUAUUAUUUGGUGAAGAGAUUGAGAGUUUGUCCCCCUUUAGGCUUGAUGGAUCAAAGGAAGAAUGCCAGAUAUUUGCUGAUAUUUUUUAUGGACGAAGUCUUCCGGAUGAAAGUAAUAGUUGUGCUGUUUCAAGGGCUUCAGAUACUCAUAAAGAUGGUGCUCCUGGCUGCUGCAGAAAGGUGCACGUUAAUUUUAACCUGGAAAAUUCAAACAUUUCAAGCAACUCUUUCAUGAAAGGUUCAUCAAGUGAAGCACUAGAGCUUGCAAAAAUAUUUGAGUAUAAAGAUAAAAUUAGAUCAGGGUUUAUGCUCAGAAGCUCUGGAUUGAAUUCAAGGAAGAACAGUUCGCUGCCCGUUGGUGUUUUGGAUGAAGAGAUUAUAAAACAUUGCUUUAGUUAUUCCCAAAAGAAUCAUGAGCUGGAAAAGCCAGAUUUUCAUGGUUAUCAGCCAUUCUCAUUCCGCAUCGUUGAAUCUUUUGCCCAUGGCAUCUUAUCCAGCUAUUGUUCUGUUAAUCAGCUGAGCAGUGUGGAUUUUGCUUCUAAUAAUGUCAAUUGUGCAAGUUUGAAUUACAAAACUUCAGUCCAACAAUUGGGAGACAACAAGGUUAUUUUGGAAGCUAAUUUUGUGACUUCCCCAGUUUCUCAAGAGAGCAUUGCUUCUGGUCUUGUUAAGGGUAGAUCCACUAUUGAAGUUAAUGACAAAAGUGGAUUUGCCACAAGCAUGGACCAAAUUGCACUUGAAACCUUAAGGAGACACCAAUCUGGUGGGUUUUCCAAGAAAGUAACAAAUAGGGAAAUGCCAGAUCGACUUGAGUCAUAUGCACAUAGCCUUCUUACUGAUGCAGGGUGGAUAAUUGAAUCACGUGUACGCAGGGAGAGAAUUAAACCGGCAUUCUUUUUCAGAAAACCUGAUGAAGGGCUUGCUCGUUCUUCUCUUUCUAGUGCUUGGAAAACAUGUGGUGAGAGGCUUCUCUACACUGCUUCAGAAUCAGAGAAGGAUGAUCAUGGAAGAGAAUGGUCUGAUGUUAAUGAAUUUUGGAGUGAUUUGAAGGAUGUACUUGCAUACAUUGAUAUGAAAACUCGGCAGCAGGUAAGCAAACUUUCCCUUAUAAGACGAUGGCAGCUUCUUGAUCCUUUCUUAGCAGUUGUGUUCAUUAAUAGAAAAAUAAGUAUUUUGCGAAUGGGGAAAUUACUGCGAGCUGUCAAAAGUGCAACUUACAUUCCUGACUGCAGCGAAGAUAUUUGUGAUGUAAAUAUGAAUGAAAACCGGAAAAGGAAAUCAAAAAGUUUAUCUAGCAAGUGCAAGUUAACUGAAAACUAUUCACUUGAUCUAAAUCCUACAGACUCUCCAAUCAAUUUUGGGUGUGAUAGUCCUGUUAGUUCUGAUUUAGAAAGCGAGGAUCUUUGUUGCUGCGCCAAUAAAAUGCUUGCUGGGAAUGAAUUACAGCAACAACCGACUAACAGUCCACAUAAAUCAUCCGUUUAUCAACAAGAAAGUCGAUCAUGUGAUGAUACUGAUGGAUUCUCCUUGAGAGAGAAGUUUGUUCAUGGGUUUUCCCUAUGUAGUUCUACUGAAAUACCUUUAAAUUUAGAAAGAGCAGAUGCUUUCUCAUCAAAAGAAACAUCUUCUGAAAAGAUUCAUAAUGGUUUGCUUAAAAAGGCACACAAGAAGUCUAAGAAGAUAUCUGAGAUUAAAGAAGCUGAAUUUCCUGGAAGGAAGAGCAAACCAAGAUCAAAAACAAAACACAGAGAGCCCAGUGCUCACAGCUCAGAUGAAAGUAACAGUGAUCUUCCAGAUCUUCCAUGCUAUGAAGCUUCUGGCGUGUUGAUUUCUGAAUGCUUGGAGCCAUCUCAGUGUCUGAAAAGGCAAACUGGUAAUGUGCUAAGCACCUCUGAAGAUGAAAGCUCACAUACAUCUAAAAUUCAAGAAGCUAAUUCCACUCUAAAUAUAGAUAAUAAGAAGGCUCUGAUAUUUGAAAAUAAAGCAGCUAGAAAAUUUAGCGAGGACAGGAAUGAAAUUCCACUCAUGCCUGUAGAGGAAAAAACUGCAAUUACUCUUUCUGGCUUAAAUGAAAGUCAAGAUGGUAUUAGACUUCACAAGCUAAUGAAAAUUGAACAUAAUACUAAUGUGACGAGUUCUGAUGACCAUUCUGCAGUGAUAUCGUCAUAUAAAUGGCAAUCUAAUUUCAAUGAGAUCCAGCACAAGUGCUCUAAUUCGAAGGAAUCUUUUGUCACAUCAUGCAAUGGAAACAUUUCUAAAACAUCCUUUGUUAAGGACAGCAGAGAGGAAGUUUACUCCACCACUGAUGGUCUUUGUCCAGGCUCUGAAGAGAGCCAUAAAGCUAACAAGGCUUGUAAGUCAGAUGAUCGAAAGGGAAGUGGGCUAAAGAGAUUACGUGGAUUCCAUGUCAAUGACGAUGAUCUCUUGAUUGCAGCUAUAAUAAAGAAGAAAGAUUUUAGUGUCUAUUGUAAGAAGUUUCCUUCAAAACCUGAAUUUCCUCAACCAGAAGCGUUGAGAAGGAUGAAAACUCAAAAGCGGGGUUGCAGUUUACUACCUAGGGCUGUUGGGAGUGGUGGGAAGCUUUCCACGGAUGGGAAACAAUUUGUUAUGGGAACGAGAACAGUAUUAGGCUGGUUGAUUGACAUGGGUGUUGUGUCUCUAAAAGAUGUUGUGCAAUUUCGCAAUCCAAAGAAUCAUGUGGUGAUCAAGGAUGGCUGGGUUACAAGGGAUGGAAUUCUUUGUAAAUGCUGCACCAAAAUUUUUUCUGUUUCAGGUUUUAAGGUUCACGCAGGUUUGAGUGAAGAAAUACCUCCUUUUAAUCUUUACCUGAAAUCUGGUAAGUCAUACACACUCUGUCAGCUUCAGGCAUGGUCUGCUGAAUACAAAUUGAGGAAAGGGCGUUUGAAAGUUGUGAAUAUUGUGGAGGUUGAUCAAAAUGAUGAUACUUGUGGUAUUUGUGCUGAUGGAGGUGAACUGAUAUGUUGUGAUAAUUGCCCAUCUACCUACCAUCAAUCUUGCUUGUCUGCACAGGUGUCAACAACCCUCUCUCCUGCACUAAAUGUAGAUUCAGAAGCUACUGUGCUAAUUGGAAUAUUGAGGAUAUCAACAUCCAUUUUUGAUAAGAUUCGGUGUUUCAUCUAAUUGCUUUUCCACCGUGCUAUAACAUUGAAGGGGU